AUGAUUACGGCAGCGAAUGCUCAGGCUCAACAACAGGCACAAAUGGCGCAACCGCAACAACAACAGAUGAAUCAUAUGAAUCAUCAUCAUGUAGCACAACAACUGCAUCAUCUUCCUCAAUCUCACCAAGCCGCUACAGCCCAGCUGGUACAUCCUCAAAGUGCCCAACACCACGGCCAUCAACAUAACGGACACCCUGGUGUAAACAUUCCUGGUGCACCAGCUGCACCUGCGCCACACCCACUUCAAGCUCCGCAAGGGGGAGUCCCGUCCGCUCAAAUGAUUUGGAAUCACCAAACUGCAGCUGCGUCACAAAUGUAUGCUGCCGCCUUUGCUGCUAUGGGUGCAGCAAAUCAAGUUGUUGUUGCUGCGGCUGCUGCUGAUACCUCGAACGCGGCAGCUCCUCGCCCAACCUUUGUGAAUGCGAAGCAAUAUCGUAGGAUUCUGAAGAGGCGAGAAGCUAGAGCCAAGCUCGAAGAAUACUACCAACGGAAACAAGCUCAAAUGAAAGCUCGGAACGACAAGAAACCUUACAUGCACGAGUCUCGCCAUAGACACGCGAUGAAGCGCCCUAGAGGUCCAGGAGGCCGCUUCCUGACAAAGGCGGAGCUAGUAGAUUACUACAAGGAUCAUCCUGACGAAGAUCCCAGUCGGUUGCAAGACACAAUGGGUUCCUCUCCGACUAAUGAAACUGCCGCUGACGCUGUUGCUGCUGGCGCUGCUGCUGCUGCUGUUUCCAACAAAAAGGCCAAAACAGCUGCCUAG